UGGUUACGCCGAGGGAAGCCCCGACUCCAGUCGCUUCUCCCAGUCAGUCUCUCCGCGGGUUCCCGGCCCAGCCGAUUUCUGUUCUCCGUUGCCCGCGGUUCGCCGCCCCACCAGCCGCCGCGAUGCCGGUGUUUCACACGCGCACGAUCGAGAGCAUCUUGGAGCCGGUGGCGCAGCAGAUUUCGCACCUGGUGAUUAUGCAUGAGGAGGGCGAGGUGGACGGUAAAGCCAUCCCUGACCUCACCGCGCCCGUGGCCGCCGUGCAAGCGGCCGUCAGCAACCUCGUCCGGGUUGGAAAAGAGACUGUUCAAACCACUGAAGAUCAGAUUUUGAAGAGAGAUAUGCCACCAGCAUUUAUUAAGGUGGAGAAUGCUUGCACCAAGCUUGUCCAGGCAGCCCAGAUGCUUCAGUCAGACCCUUACUCGGUGCCUGCUCGAGACUACCUGAUCGAUGGUUCCAGGGGCAUCCUCUCCGGCACGUCAGACCUGCUCCUGACCUUCGAUGAGGCUGAGGUUCGUAAAAUUAUUAGAGUUUGCAAAGGAAUUCUGGAAUAUCUUACAGUGGCAGAGGUGGUGGAGACCAUGGAAGAUCUGGUCACUUACACAAAGAAUCUCGGGCCAGGAAUGACCAAGAUGGCCAAGAUGAUAGACGAGAGACAGCAGGAGCUGACUCACCAGGAGCACCGAGUGAUGUUAGUGAACUCCAUGAACACAGUCAAAGAGUUGCUUCCGGUUCUCAUUUCAGCUAUGAAGAUUUUUGUAACAACUAAAAACUCUAAAAACCAAGGAAUAGAAGAAGCUUUGAAAAAUCGCAAUUUUACUGUAGAGAAGAUGAGUGCUGAAAUUAAUGAGAUCAUUCGCGUAUUACAACUCACUUCUUGGGAUGAAGAUGCCUGGGCCAGCAAGGACACUGAAGCCAUGAAGAGAGCCCUGGCCUCCAUAGACUCCAAACUGAACCAGGCUAAAGGUUGGCUUCGUGACCCCAGUGCCUCUCCAGGGGACGCCGGUGAGCAGGCCAUCAGGCAGAUCUUAGAUGAAGCUGGAAAAGUUGGUGAGCUCUGUGCAGGCAAGGAAUGCAGGGAGAUCCUGGGGACGUGCAAAAUGCUGGGGCAGAUGACCGAUCAGGUGGCUGACCUGCGAGCCAGGGGACAAGGAGCCUCUCCAGUGGCCAUGCAGAAAGCCCAGCAGGUGUCCCAAGGUCUGGACGUGCUCACAGCCAAAGUGGAAAAUGCAGCUCGCAAGCUAGAAGCCAUGACAAACUCGAAGCAGAGCAUUGCAAAGAAGAUCGAUGCUGCUCAGAAUUGGCUUGCAGAUCCAAAUGGAGGACCUGAAGGAGAAGACCAGAUUCGAGGCGCUUUGACUGAAGCUCGGAAAAUAGCAGAACUGUGUGAUGACCCUAAAGAGAGAGAUGACAUUCUGCGUUCCCUUGGAGAAAUAUCUGCUCUGACUUCUAAAUUAGCAGAUCUGCGAAGACAGGGCAAAGGAGACUCCCCAGAGGCCCGAGCAUUGGCCAAACAGGUGGCCACGGCCCUGCAGAACCUGCAAACCAAAACCAACAGGGCUGUGGCCAACAGCCGGCCUGCCAAAGCAGCUGUCCACCUUGAGGGCAAGAUUGAGCAAGCACAGCGGUGGAUUGAUAAUCCCACGGUGGAUGACCGGGGCGUCGGUCAGGCUGCCAUCCGGGGACUUGUGGCCGAAGGGCAUCGUCUGGCCAAUGUCAUGAUGGGGCCUUAUCGCCAAGAUCUUCUUGCCAAGUGUGACCUCGUGGACCAGCUCACGGCGCAGCUGGCCGACCUGGCCGCCCGAGGGGAAGGGGAGAGUCCUCAGGCCAGAGCCCUGGCAUCACAGCUCCAAGACUCCUUAAAGGACCUGAAGUCCCGGAUGCAGGAGGCUAUGACUCAGGAGGUGUCAGAUGUUUUCAGUGAUACCACAACUCCCAUCAAGCUAUUGGCGGUGGCAGCCACGGCGCCCCCUGAUGCACCCAAUAGGGAAGAGGUGUUCGAUGAAAGGGCAGCGAACUUUGAAAACCAUUCCGGAAGGCUGGGGGCCACGGCGGAGAAGGCGGCUGCCGUGGGAACUGCUAAUAAAGCCACCGUGGAAGGCAUUCAGGCGUCGGUGAAGACUGCCCGGGAGCUCACGCCCCAGGUGGUUUCAGCUGCUCGCAUUUUACUUCGGAACCCUGGAAAUCAAGCUGCUUAUGAACAUUUUGAAACCAUGAAGAAUCAGUGGAUUGACAAUGUUGAAAAAAUGACAGGGCUGGUGGACGAAGCCAUUGAUACCAGGUCUCUGUUGGAUGCUUCUGAAGAAGCAAUUAAAAAAGACCUGGACAAGUGUAAGGUAGCCAUGGCCAACAUUCAGCCUCAGAUGCUGGUUGCUGGGGCAACCAGCAUUGCUCGUCGGGCCAACCGGAUCCUACUGGUGGCUAAGAGGGAAGUGGAGAACUCCGAAGAUCCUAAGUUCCGUGAGGCUGUGAAAGCUGCCUCUGAUGAACUGAGCAAAACGAUCUCCCCAAUGGUGAUGGAUGCAAAGGCUGUGGCCGGAAACAUUUCUGACCCUGGCCUGCAAAAGAGCUUCCUGGACUCAGGAUACCGGAUCCUAGGAGCCGUGGCCAAGGUCAGAGAAGCCUUCCAACCUCAGGAACCUGACUUCCCGCCUCCUCCACCAGACCUUGAACAGCUCCGUCUAACAGAUGAGCUUGCUCCUCCCAAACCACCUCUGCCUGAGGGUGAGGUCCCUCCACCCAGGCCUCCCCCUCCUGAGGAGAAGGAUGAAGAAUUCCCUGAGCAGAAAGCCGGGGAGGUGAUUAACCAGCCAAUGAUGAUGGCUGCCAGGCAGCUCCACGAUGAAGCUCGCAAAUGGUCCAGCAAGCCGGGUAUCCCAGCCGCUGAGGUGGGUAUAGGAGUUGUAGCUGAGGCAGAUGCGGCCGAUGCUGUUGGGUUCCCUGUCCCCUCUGACAUGGAAGACGAUUACGAACCUGAGCUGCUGUUAAUGCCAUCCAAUCAGCCGGUCAACCAGCCCAUUCUGGCCGCGGCUCAGUCCUUGCAUCGGGAAGCUACCAAGUGGUCUAGUAAGGGCAAUGACAUCAUUGCAGCAGCCAAGCGCAUGGCUCUGCUGAUGGCUGAGAUGUCUCGGCUGGUGAGAGGAGGCAGUGGCACCAAGCGGGCCCUCAUCCAGUGUGCCAAGGAUAUCGCGAAGGCCUCAGAUGAAGUGACUCGACUGGCCAAGGAGGUUGCCAAGCAGUGCACAGAUAAGCGGAUUAGAACCAACCUCUUGCAGGUGUGUGAGCGAAUCCCAACUAUAAGCACCCAGCUCAAGAUCCUGUCUACAGUGAAGGCCACCAUGCUGGGCCGGACCAACAUCAGCGAUGAGGAGUCUGAGCAGGCUACAGAGAUGCUGGUUCACAAUGCUCAGAACCUCAUGCAGUCUGUAAAGGAAACUGUGCGAGAGGCAGAAGCUGCUUCAAUCAAAAUUCGAACAGAUGCUGGAUUUACCCUGCGCUGGGUCAGAAAGACUCCUUGGUACCAGUAGGCACCUAGCACACCUCCUGCUGGUCCAGAAACCCCUACUGAAGAGAAGGAGAACAAUCUGAGUUCCACGAGCAACUCAGGCGUGUCGGGGUUUGAAAGCUACAUCCUGGCCUCACGGAUCAGGAAGGAGUGAGGGCCUCUUCAAAACAUUUAUAUUCUUUUGUCAUGGACACUUUGAAAUGUAUCUUCAUAUAAACCCUGUAUUCUUGAACACGGUUAUACUCAUGCACACUCUAUCCCAAUAGGAGGACUGGGUCUCUUCUAGCCAUGGAUUUCACAUAAGCUCAGAAUCCAAGUGUGAACACUAGCCAGACACCUUGCUCUGCCCUUUGCUAGGGAACACUGCCCUCCCUGCCUCCCUUUCACUGGCCCCCAUGCCCCUCUUCAGGCUCCCAAGACCCAGGGCCCAAGCAAGUCAGUUAAGAAAAAUCACUGUGCCUCCACAAAUUGUUUUGGGCUUCCCUUAUUGCUGCUGAGCCUGCCUUCCCUGGGCUAUUGUGCUACCUGGCCCCUUUUCAGAAGUAAACUUUGCUGCUGCAGAGAGAGUCUUUGAGGAAUCCCAGCCCGUUUCUUGCCCUUCCCAAUUUUAUUUUUCUGGUUUUCAAUAGUAUGAAACCAAAUUCACUGUCGGGAAGAAAUCACAGAACUACAUGGUUCUAUCUUUAUGAUGAUCCCAGUGUCUGUCCUAGGGAAGCCUCCCAUCCCAAGUUCUCACAGGUAACCAUCCCUCAAACACACUGUAUGUUCUGGUGCUCUCUGCCACUGGAGGGGCAGAGUAGCCUGGGGGUGGCCCUGUCUGCACUCCUAGUAGGGCUACGCCCAGGCGGUCUAUAUUUUGUCACUGCCUGCAGAGAUCUAUGUGGAGGCCUUAUCAUUCGUUCUUAGCUCCUAUUUGUUCUUUCUGAGCUGAAAUGCUGCAUUUAAUUUUUAACCAGAUCAUGUCUCCUGGCUUUUGUAGUCUUCUAUCUUUCCUAAACAAGAUUUUAAAGGUAUGUAGGUGUGUGUUUGUCUGUAAUUUUUUAUUUUGAAAUGGGGUUUCUUCUAGUGCCCAGAUUGGUCUUGAACUAGAGCAAGCGAUCAUUAUAUCUUAGCUUCCCAGGAGCUGGGACUAGAGGUGCUCCAUGGUACCUGGCUUCAUCUGUAACUUUGAAAGAUCCUUCUCAUUGUUUUGAAAUUCAGUCUUGAGAAUUACUGCUUUCCACCUAAGAGUAUUUAAUGGAAAGGGCAUACUGUCUUGAAGGAUACUUAAGGGAGAGGGGUAUCUGCAGAAUAAUUUUGGGUGCUGCUGGGGAUAAAUUGAUGGGAAGUACUCCUCCUAAUUUCUACCUCCUUUCCACCACACAUACAUAAUCAAGCUCCUGUAUCCUCUCGUAAAUAUAACUGAUUAAGAGAGUAAUAAGUAUAUUUAACCAUUGCCACGGAAAGUUUCCUAUUAAAGCAAAGUGAGAAGGCAACUUUUUCUAUUUUUUGCAUUUCUCACUGCUGUUUAAGCAUUCCCCAGUAUAUGAAACUGUUUCCUCACAAACCCAGAAGUAGAUGAGGAAAGGAGUAAGACCCCUUGUCUGAAUGUCCUUCCUUCUCACCCUCAAUGUGUGUUAAGAUCCCAACAUCAAACGAUAAACUUGUCUUAAAUUGGUCCUGUACACUCAGGCUUCCUAUAUUUCUUUUUAACUGAUGAAAGAUUAUUUUCAAGGCCCUCACCUUAGCAUAUUUGUAUAGUUGCUUACCUGAUAUACAUGCAAUAUUAAUGCCUUUAAACUAUGAAUCUAUGCCAAAGAUCAAGUUUUGUUUUACUAAAGAUUACUUCAAGAAAUAAGAAAAGUCAUAUUUGCUUUCUAAGUUUCCCCAGUGUUUUGGACACUGGUUUACACUUUAUGCCAGAUGCUUUUCUCUACUAGCAAUGAAAGACACAGUAAAGAAUUCAAUAAAAAAAUUUUUAAAAUCCCUGAAUGAUUUGAGAUAUUACCACUAAAAACAAACAUUUAUAAGCUAGGAUUUGUUACAUGCAAAUAUUUUCUGCCUCUUUUGUUCUGUUUAAAAUAAAAUGCAUUUGUAUAAAUAA